GUAAUUAACCCAUGAAACUAAUAACAAGCAUUGAUUGCUUCAUUCGCGUAAGCUAUAAAAGCGAGAUAGUCUCGAUAGCUUUUGCAGUUGCUAUAAGUUUACGAUACAACACGGUGUACGUUCGUUGCUUAAAUCUUUUGUUUCGUUUCUUUUGCCGUUGCAUUGAACACUUAAAUAUAAAAUGAAACUCUUUAUAUUGGCCGGCGUUUUAGCUUUAGCUUAUUUCACCACUGCCGAAGAUAAAUACACAACUAAAUAUGACAAUAUUGACGUUGAUGAAAUAUUAAAGUCAGAUCGUUUAUUCAAUAAUUAUUUUAAAUGUUUGAUUGAAACGGGCAAGUGUACACCAGAGGGACGAGAACUAAAGAAGACGCUUCCAGAUGCACUGAAAACUGAAUGUAGCAAAUGUAGUGAAAAACAGAAACAAAAUACCGACAAAGUUAUACGUUAUGUCAUUGAUAACAAACCCGAUGAAUGGAAACAACUGCAAGCUAAGUAUGACCCUGAGGGUAUAUAUGCAGCCAAAUAUAAGAAAGAAGCGGAGAAACAAGGCAUCACAAUUUAAAUCACCUUAACAAUUCAUAAUAUAUAUGACUAAUACAUAUUGUAAAUAGUUUUGUCAGUACAUAUUUGUAGAUAAGCACAUCUUUGUACACACAUGUACUCGUGUAAGCGCUGACAUAUGUGUAAAUAAAUAAAUAAUAUUUCUGGGAAUAGACAUUUA